AUGCUCUUUAAGUUUGGAGUGACAGUAAUAGUGUUGGUAGCUAUUGUCAUAUAUUUUGUUGGAAAUAAAGAUAAUGGACAAGUUGAUGAUGUGAUUCUACAGUUGAAGGACAAAGUCAAAGAAGAAAGAGGUGCAAAGAAUUAUGGUCCUGAUCUGUCCAAGGAAAUACAUGAAAAUUCUAAAGAUGGUGAAGCAUCAAAACUCAAAGUAAUUCCAGGACAUAAAUAUAAAAAGAAUGCAAUUCAUUUAUGUGUUGUUGCAUGUGGUGAUCGAUUUCCAGAGAUAUCGGUCCUUUUAAAAUCAGCUGUAAUACUCACCUCAACUCCUUUAGUUUUUCAUAUUUUUGCUGAAAAAGAAUUGCAACAGAAUUUUAAAGAUCAUUUAGAGUUUUGGCCGCAUAAAUUCCGCUCGCAAAUCGAUUACUUUAUAUAUGAUUUACAGUUUCCAAAUGAUGGUAAUGGCCAGAAGUGGAAAGAAUUAUUUAAACCAUGUGCCUCUCAACGUCUGUUUGUUCCUCAAAUUUUAACUGAUGUUGAUUCACUGAUAUAUGUAGAUAGUGAUGUUUUAUUUAUUUCAUCUAUUGACCAACUUUAUCAUCAUUUUACCUUAUUUAAUUCAACACAACUAGCAGGUUUUACUUUAGAAAGUGAAGAUUUAGCUACUGGAUGGUAUAAUCGUUUUGCACGUCAUCCAUAUUACGGUGUUGUUGGGGUUAACUCUGGUGUCAUGUUGAUGAAUUUAACACGAUUAAGACAAUCUCAAUUUUUAUCGUCUGUGAAAAGAUAUUACGAUGAGUAUCAUCUAAAAUUAACAUGGGGCGACCAAGAUCUCAUUAAUAUUUAUUUUCAUUAUUUUCCUCAUCAAAUUUUUAUUUUGUCAUGUGAAUAUAAUUAUCGUGCUGAUCACUGUAUGUAUAUGAGUGUUUGUAAGAAGUCAGAAGAAGAUGGCGUCAAGUUGUUACAUGGCAGCAGAAGGAUAUUCUUCAAUGAAAAACAACCAGCAUUUAAAGCUGUAUACACUGCAUUAAAAGACCAUCUUUUUUCAUCAAGUGUUAGAUAUCAACUUGUAACUAAAAUAAAAAGAUUAUUAAAAGAUACAGAACAUACUAGUUGUGGUAAAUUGGGCUCUAAUAAAGAUAUCUUUACAAAACAAUUGGAAUUGAAUGAAGUGUCGUAA